AGGGGAGAAUAGAAAGAAAGAAUUGGUAGGGGACAGCGACCAGCAACAACCACAAACCACCGCCACCGCCUCCGCUUUCCCCGCCUCUCUAUAUAUACUCACUCUCACAGGCACCUCUCUCUCUCUCUCUCUCUCGGAUCUGAAUCUGGUAGCCAUCGCCAAUCCCUCUCUCUAUCUCUCUCUCUCUCUCUCCCAGUGCUUCCAAUCGUCUGCACAACGGCCAAAUGGAGUGCGAAGGCAUCCUCUUGGGCAUGGGCAACCCGCUCCUCGACAUCUCCGCCGUCGUCGACCAGGACUUCUUGAGCAAAUAUGACAUCAAGUUGAAUAAUGCGAUUCUUGCUGAGGAAAAGCACUUGCCAAUGUAUGAUGAAAUGACAUCCAAAUACAACGUGGAGUACAUUGCUGGAGGUGCUACUCAAAAUUCUAUUAGAGUUGCUCAGUGGAUGCUACAAAUUCCUGGUGCUACCAGUUAUAUUGGUUGCAUUGGAAAGGACAAGUUUGGGGAGGAAAUGAAGAAAAACUCAAAACUUGCUGGUGUUAAUGUUCACUAUUAUGAGGAUGAGUCUGCAUCAACAGGUACCUGUGCUGUUUGUGUAGUGGGUGGUGAAAGAUCACUUGUUGCCAACUUGUCUGCUGCAAAUUGUUACAAAUCUGAACAUCUGAAGAGACCAGAAAAUUGGGAAUUGGUUAAGAAAGCCAAGUACAUCUACAUUGCUGGCUUCUUUCUCACCGUUUCCCCAGAGUCUAUUCUACUUGUUGCUGAACAUGCAGCUGCAAACAACAAGUUCUUCAUGAUGAACCUUUCAGCACCAUUUAUCUGUGAGUUCUUCAGGGAUGCACAAGAGAAAGCUUUACCGUAUAUGGACUUCGUUUUUGGAAAUGAGACAGAAGCAAGAACUUUUUCAAAAGUUCAUGGAUGGGAGACGGAGAAUGUGGAGGAGAUCGCUUUAAAAAUUUCUCAAUGGCCAAAGGCAUCUGGCACACACAAGAGGAUUACGGUUAUUACUCAGGGUCCAGAUCCAGUCGUUGUUGCUGAAGAUGGGAAGGUCAAACUGUUCCCUGUGAUAUUGUUACCUAAAGAGAAACUUGUUGAUACCAAUGGAGCAGGUGAUGCGUUUGUUGGAGGAUUUCUGUCUCAGUUGGUUCAGCAGAAACCUAUGGAGGACUGCGUGAGAGCUGCUUGUUACGCAGCCAAUGUUAUCAUCCAAAGGUCUGGCUGCACAUACCCAGAGAAGCCCCAUUUUAAAUAAGCUCUUCCUCGUCUUCCCCCGGUCUCCCUUCUAUAUGAUAUCAUUUUUAUUGCUGAGAAACCCAUUGUUGGUACUAUGAUAUUUUGUGUUCCUGCCAAUUCCUUGUUAAGUCAUUUUUGCUGCUAAGAAAUAGUCCUCAGAACCCCCAGUUAUUUGGCGGAGGGGUUUGAUCUCCUCCGCGUUUAUCUUAUCCUGUCAUGUAUUACAUCAUAAUCAAUUUGAAUCGAUUUUGUCAUCAUCAUA